CGUUUUAAAGAUUUAAUUGAAUCCAAGGAUUUAUUUUUAAAUUUUGUUUGGUUUACUUUAAAUCCCUUAUGUAUUUAUGCACACAAAACCAUGUAUGACUGUUAUUUAAAUAAGUUUCAUCUUUAUAACGACUCUCAUUUUUUUAACAAUGUAAGUUUUCAUUCAUUCGUUUGGUUUCUGUCAAUUUGCACCCUGUUUAUCUGGUCUACUGAAUACUUUUGAAUACGAACUGAUCACCAGGACAUUCAGCAAUGGAAUGUUAGUGGAAGGGAAGAAUUCGACGGCUGUGAUGCUUCAAUAUAAAUAGGAGCACGAUAUCGCUGGAAAGCUAAGCCUUUGUGCAGCCUUAGAAAACUCCACAGAGAAUCGAAGUAAAAGAACGUUUGAGUAUCUUACAAAUUAAAAAGUAACGAUGCAGGGAAAACCUUUAUGGAGACUAUUUCUGGAGGUGAUAAAAAAUUCAUCACGAUCCCAUGGGAAUAAUAUCUACCCCAUAUCAGCCAACCUUGUUGUCCUGGGAAUUAUAUUUAUCAGAUGUACAUCGGUUGCUUACUUUGUAAUGGGACUCGUCUGGAAGAUCCACACCGGCCUGAUUAAGGAGAGCUGGAUUGAGGUCCUGAACAGACUUUGGAUUGGGAACCUCCGAUUGGGGACCACAGUGAACGCUCUGGUCCUAACAGGUGUCUGUCUCUUUCCUGUUUACGUCAUCUGUGGAGGUAUCGGAUUAAUGGGGAUAUUUUGCAGGAAGAGAGUCUUCAUUGUUUUGUACAUGCUGUCAUUAAUGUUUUUCAUCGUGGCUGAUGUGGUUUUCAUCUCACUUUUAAUGUUUUUCAUCGUGGCUGAUGUGGUUUUCAUCUCACUGUUCGUUGUUCUUCGUGAAGGCUUUGGAGGAUCGCUCGCUACGGACUUUCAAGGCAUAUAUGUACAGAUGGCAGACCUGUAUCAGAGUUGGCCUUAUGUGACCGAUGUGAAAGGCCUGAGAGAGGAUUGGAUUGAUAUGUUUUCCACUUUGAGGUGUUGUGGUGUAACCAGUCAGUACAGCACACACAACUACAAUUGUAUUGGUUACAAUCCCUGGGAAAAUUGUUGGGAAAAAUUUACUACGGCUAUGAGGCCUUUUUUGGUGACAUAUGCAAGCCUUGCUGGGAUUUGUCUAUGCACUGAGAUUGUACAACUAGGGUUAUGUGACUGGAUAUACAGCCAAAUGUCACAUCAACGAUACCCCUUUGCUUUGGCACGAACCUGCAUCACGAUGCUCCAAAAGGCAUGGAUAAAGUCUCGACAAGGAUUUAUUGCCAACAUUUGGAGACUUUUGUCAUGUGUACCAGCAGUGUGUCUGAUCGUGUUUGGCACAAUGCUCCUUACUGAUACUAAACUAUAUGGAGCCUUUGUUUCCGGGAUCCUCGGGCAUAUCUACAUACUGGGAUUGAACUUCGGGACGAUUAUCGAAGGAUUCGGUGUUUUGAUGAUUGUUUUAGGAUCUGUUGAAUUUAUUGCGAAUUCUGCAGCGUUCAUAUCCGACGUUAUUCUCUACAACAAAACAAAAAGCAAAGUGAUUGCAGUAAUCAAAGUUUUGUUACUGAUGGCAGAAAUAAUUUGGCUCGGGUUAAUUAUCAAACUUCAGCUUCAGAUCACAAGCGAUCUCAGAUUCAAAAUGGCGAAUUUAUUAAGAAAUUUCUCUUACCUUCGACUUCCUUGGUUGACUUUUUUUGGAGAACUGGAGUGUUGUGGUGUAACGGCACCCACUGAUAUAUGUACAUUAUCAGGUUCGCAUUGCUCUAACCUGCCUGAAACGUGCUGUCACCGCAAUCUAUACUAUGUAACCGAUCAAACUAUUUAUAACAGUUUAAGCUGCAGCACACCUAACACACCCUGUUUAGAAACAGUGUCAUCCAGAUUUAAGUUUUACACCACCGGGUAUUUUGUAGCGAUAUCUCUAUCUCUCCUUUUUGGGGUAUUGGGAAUACUAUUUACAUUCCUGCAAAUAAGAUCUCUCAAAGAGAGAGAUGAGGCAAAAGAAGGAGAGAUGAAUAUCGAAGAUAAUUCCGAGCACGAAAAGAAAACGUCAUCACAAAAUCAACGUAGACGACUGCUUUACUAUUGUAAAAGUGUUCUUAAAAAGAUAUGCAAAUUACAAAAUACUACAUGUAUAUGGAGAUUAAGAUCCAAGGGAAACGUUUCUACCUCUUUGUAUACAAGGUUUUAUUUUAGGGACAUAAAAAGCAAAAUGAUAGUUAUAUCAUCGGCAGUUUUAUUGAUCCUUGCUGCCGGACUAUUUAUAGAAGGGCUAGUGUUAACGUACGAUAAAGUGUUUAACCAUGACAUUAUCCGGGAUGUCCUAUGGAGCGCCUUAUCCUUUGAUGGCUUGUCCUUCAAUCACAUACGGCAGUCGUUUUCGGCGUUUAUGAUUUCUUCAGCUCUUGUGAUUCUGAUUGUUUCCGUUAUAGGGAUGUUCACAUUAAAAACAAAAUCAAAAUAUCUUCAUAUUAUUCAAAUAAUUUUAAUCAGCAUCUGCUUUACUUUAAUGGUUGUCGGUACUGGGCUUUGGGGAAAAUCGAAAGAUACAAUAAGCUACGGAUUGGCAAACGAGAUGGAAUUGUUUUUACAAAGAUAUGGAUAUCAUGACCAUAUUUCCUACGUGUUUUCAAACUCAGCAUAUUCAGCUUGGAGUUAUCUUUUUGUCGUGGCAGAAUGUUGCGAUAUCUUUGAUUAUGCAGGCAGCAAGAUAUCACAAUAUCUUUUUGCGGAUAAAAUACCGAUCUACUGCUGUAAAGAAAACCCCUUCACAGAAACCUACAUCCAGGCUAAUAAUAAUUGUACGGACUUUCUACAGACGGAUCUUCAACAUAACAAAUCAUGUAAAGAUGCAUUGCUUACCAGACUUGAUGUGUACAGCAAUUUAUUUUUCACAUUCUCUGCCGUUACUUUUGCCAUUUUAACUUUCCAGUUUAGUUUAACUAUUUACAAGUUAAAGACAAUGAGUUUUAUUCCAAUCAUCGACGACAAAUACUUGAAAAUGACAAAGAUGCUAUGUAAAACAGGAAAAGGAUAUCGCAAUAUCUUUACUUUCGAGAAAAGAACGAUAUUCACUAUUGCAGCGUUUCUGUCAUCCUUAAGCAUGUUAAUACUUGGCAUUGUCAUGAAGCACGAUGACAAAAUGACGGGGGGAUAUGUGUACUAUGUGUACAGAUAUCUUUACUUCAGAGGCGUUAAUUUCUUGGACAUUGUCAAGGAUACGUAUCUAUCGUUAAUCAUCCUUGGAACCUUGUCGGCGACAACGGGCUUGCUGAAGCUUACAGACGUGUUUCGAGAAUUACAAUACAAAAGAAAAAAUUACAUGUAUACCGGUGUUGUGAUGAUUUUAAUUCUUACAAAACUGGUCUGCAUUCCCUUGAUGGCAGUAGUUCGUAUAGAUAUUGAUGAAAAUGCUUCCUAUCAAUUAACAAAUAUGGAUCGACAGUACCGAAAUACGCACUCUCUGUAUGAUAGUAUGAUGUACAGCAUCCUGAACCGUUUCUACAUAGCGUUUGAUUGCUGUGGUGCUAGGGGACCAUAUGAACUGGCAAACAUGGCAUCUACCAGCGGUUAUACAGGCUAUACUGGAGCUCAGCCAUUUGCCUGCUGCUACGGAGAUGCCUAUCUGGAUUCUCCCACUAUGCAUUCUAGUGUCAUAUGUGAGAAAAAGGUUUGUUCAACAGAGUUUUUAAGCACGAUUGGUCUCUACAGUAACGGAUUUUUAGCAGUCAUGUCUCUGACGACAAUCUUUGAGAUCAUUUGUAUUGUCAUAGAGCUUCGUGAUACCAUAAGAUUAAGAAAAACAAAAGAUUCUGGUAUUUUGAGAUAUGUCAAGAAUUUUCUUUUAGGAUCUGAAGGUCAUAAAAAGAAAAUAACUACAGGGAUAGUGGUAUCCGUUGUUAUCAUUCUGGCCUCCAUUGGAUUUUUUGCUGAAAGCGCUUUUCUCCGCUAUGACACCGUGUUCUCCCAUAAACAGAUUGACCUCAUCUUCAGUAGCAUCUCAAUGAUAAACACAACCUUCAGUAGGAAUCUCCUCAUUUGGAGAUGGUUGAUGAUCACUACCGCAGUACUUCUUGUAUCAGCUGGAUUUUAUACAAUCAUUUCAAUUCAGCGAGGAUCCAAAUUCUUACAUUUGAUCGCGAUUGUUUUUCACAGUUUCUGUUUGUCUACCAUAAUAGCUGUGACUGGAUGGUGGAUUGCAGUCCAUAAAACUGGACUUCCGGAUUAUGUUGCAGAUCCCGUUUUUCCAACAUUUUUUAAUUCGUACUUGAUAUCUGCCUAUAGUUGGUCGAUUGAAAGUGCUUGGAAUAAUCUGUUCAAUACUCUUCAGUGUUGUGGAUACAGAACCGGGUCAGAAAUUGAUUUCUAUUAUACCAACAAGCAAGAUGGACUUUCUGGUUAUAGCCAAAUGUCCCUUUUCUGCUGCCAUGCGAACCCACUUACAACAACAUAUAACUACCAUAGUAGUUGUUACCCAUCACAAUAUAGAGAGCCAUGCUAUGAUAAGCUCUCGGACAGACUUCUUCGAUACAACAUCGGAUUUUACAUCAUGAUGUCAAUGUGUCUAAUAAUGGAGAUAGUCCUGAUCAUUAUACUGGGGAUCUUGAUUAAGAAUGAUGAACCCUUUAGAGCUGACAAAGUAUUGAUAAAAAUAAAAAGUUAUUUUUCAAAAAGCCAAAGGAAGAAAAGUAAACGGAAAGAUACAAAGAACAGCUUUUACAAGCGGAAUGAAAGCGAAAAUGACACACUGACUGAUGAAAAUUCUCCAAAGUCACAAAAAAGGAAGGUUAAGAUUGGGGAAAACAAGGUAGAACCUUUGUCCCCCGAUCUGGAGAAUAUAAGAAAUGUUUCAAAUGAUGCCACAAAUAAAGCUCCAAAAAAUGCAGCACCAUCGUCUUUUGAAUCUGGAAAUCAGAACGAUGGCUCAAGUAAUAUCAUCCAAAGUCCUGUCAGUUCUACAGAUGACAACGACACUCUAACUCUAACAAAAAAGGAAUCAUCACACGUCGGUAAAUUACCGACACAGACAGACGGGGAAGAGGACCGGGACAUUAAAGCAGGAGAAACUUUACAGGAUACGUCAGAUUUAGAUGAUUGAAAAAUGGAUGAAGACAAUCUGGAACUCAGUAGACAGAAUACAAAUGAAUCAUUAAACUAUAGUUGAUUAAAAUAAUAUUUGACAUGCUGCCUCGGAUAUGCUUACACUGAAAUAUUCUUAAACUAACUUACUUUUAUAUAGAAAAGUUAUUUUGGAUUUUGAUGAUGAAAUCAUGUUUUGUCUUAAGACAAAGCCAGUAUUUUGUCCUGUAGUUGUAAAUUGUACACACUUCUUAUUUAACCAAUAAAUGUUUUUUUU